GACAAAAUCUGACGUAAGGUGAAGGUGCAAGUUAAGGGCAAGUCUUUUUUCAUUGAAUUAAAUAAUUAGUGGAAAAAGAUUUAAUAACAACCGGUCAAAAUGUCCAAAUUAGUAGCCCAAAUUCCAGUAUUGGCCGGAAGACUUCUACAAGAAGGACGACCAAAGUUUAAUACCUUCAUGAAAUAUGCACGAGUAGAAUUAUCACCUCCGACACCAGCAGACAUUCCACAAAUCAGAGCUGGUAUCGGCAGACUUGUCACAGCAGCAAGAACUGGUUCCUGGAAAAAUCAAUCUGUAAGAGAGGCUUGGUUGAACACCCUUGUCGGUAUUGAAGUUUUAUGUUGGUUCUACGUUGGAGAAUGCAUUGGAAAACGUCACAUUGUUGGAUAUGAUGUUUAAAUCAUAUUUAGGUUUAUUUAACUUUUGUAGAAUACUUUGUUCAAUAGAUAACUAAUUAUCGUCUCUG